UGGCUGCUAAAAAGCAAUCAACUCGGCUCACUCGGCUCACUCUACUGCUAAAUUUUGGUUAGGAAAGUCAGCGUUACUUGACUCUACCUUAUCCAACAAAACCUUAUCUUCAACCCUAAUUUCUUCACCACUUCAAUAAUCAAGCAUCAAAAUGCGUGAGUGUAUCUCAAUCCAUGUUGGCCAAGCUGGUGUUCAGAUUGGUAACGCCUGCUGGGAAUUGUACUGUCUCGAGCAUGGGAUUCAACCUGACGGUCAGAUGCCUUCAGAUAAGACGGUCGGCGUUGGUGAUGACUCUUUCAACACGUUCUUCAGCGAAACCGGGGCUGGAAAGCACGUCCCACGAGCGGUCUUUGUCGACUUGGAACCUACCGUUGUUGACGAGGUCCGAACUGGAACUUACCGACAGCUUUUCCACCCCGAGCAACUGAUCACUGGAAAGGAAGAUGCCGCCAACAACUACGCCCGAGGUCACUACACCAUCGGAAAGGAAAUUGUUGAUUUGGUUCUCGACCGAAUUCGCAAGUUGGCCGACCAAUGUACCGGUCUUCAAGGUUUCUUGAUCUUCCACUCCUUCGGAGGUGGCACCGGCUCUGGAUUUACUUCCCUCUUGAUGGAACGUCUCUCCGUCGACUAUGGAAAGAAGUCCAAAUUGGAGUUUGCCAUCUACCCAGCUCCCCAAGUCUCCACGGCCGUCGUCGAACCCUACAACUCUAUCCUGACUACUCACACCACUCUGGAGCACUCUGACUGCGCCUUCAUGGUUGAUAACGAAGCCAUUUACGACAUCUGCAGAAGGAACUUGGACAUUGAACGUCCCACCUACACCAAUCUCAACAGACUCAUCGGACAAAUUGUGUCCUCUAUCACUGCCUCAUUGAGAUUCGACGGUGCCCUGAACGUGGAUCUUACCGAGUUCCAAACUAACUUGGUGCCCUACCCCAGGAUUCACUUCCCCUUGGUGACCUAUGCACCAGUUAUCUCCGCUGAGAAAGCAUACCAUGAGCAGCUCUCUGUCGCUGAAAUCACCAAUGCCUGUUUCGAGCCAGCCAACCAGAUGGUCAAAUGUGAUCCCCGUCACGGAAAGUACAUGGCUUGCUGCAUGUUGUACCGAGGAGACGUCGUCCCCAAGGACGUCAAUGCUGCUAUUGCCACCAUCAAGACCAAGAGGACUAUCCAGUUCGUUGAUUGGUGUCCUACUGGUUUCAAGGUUGGAAUCAACUACCAACCCCCCACCGUCGUUCCUGGAGGUGACUUGGCCAAGGUUCAACGUGCCGUGUGCAUGUUGUCCAACACCACGGCCAUCGCUGAAGCAUGGGCCCGACUUGACCACAAGUUUGACUUGAUGUACGCCAAGCGUGCUUUUGUCCACUGGUACGUCGGAGAGGGUAUGGAGGAAGGCGAGUUCAGCGAGGCUCGUGAAGAUUUGGCCGCUCUGGAGAAGGAUUACGAAGAGGUCGGCAUGGACUCUGUCGAGGGUGAAGGCGAGGGUGGUGAAGAAUAUUAAAUGCCUCAUCAUCGUUAAUCGACAUUGCUAUGCGUCUAAAAUGACUUUUCCCUUCUUAUUUGUUACAUUUAAUAUUCUAAUAUCUGCAAAUUUUUCAUUUUUCUAGCAUUGCUACAUAUGUCUCAAAUAUCAUUAAUGAAUGAAUAAACACGACAAAAGUUUGCUUUGUUGCAUACUAAAAAUGAA